UCUGAUCCAUGGCUCCUGCAAUGUUGACCGGCUCCCUUCCUCUGUGUGUGUGUCUCCUGCUGACCCCCGGCUUUGCUGACGCAGGCCGGCUGCUGGUGGUACCCAUGGAUGGGAGCCACUGGUUUACCAUGCAUUCGGUUGUGGAGAAACUCAUCCACAGAGGGCAUGAGGUGGUCAUAGUCAUGCCAGAGGUGAGUUGGCACAUAGAGAAAUCUCUCAAUUUUACGGUAAAGACAUAUUCUACGUUUUACACUCUGGAGGAGCUGGAUCCUCAGUUCAACAUUUUCUCUGAGGCUCACUGGAAAGGUCAGGAACAAAGUUUACUUUCUACGUUGCUGACUUCAUCUGGUGAUAGUUUUAUUGAACACUUUUACUCACAUUGUAGGAGUCUGUUUAAUGACGCCAAGUUAGUAAAAUACCUAGAAGAGAAUUCUUUUGAUGCCGUCUUUCUGGAUCCUUUUGAUAUGUGUGGCUUCAUUGUAGCCAAAUAUUUUUCCCUCCCAUCUGUGGUCUUCACCAAGGUAGUAAUUUGCCACCAUCUUGAAGAGGGUACGCAGUGUCCCAGUGCUCCUUCCUAUGUUCAUAGAUUUCUCUCAGGGUUCCCGGACACCUUGACUUUCAGGGAGAGAGUGCGGAAACAUAUCUUCUACUUCGAGGAAUAUUUAUUUUGCCGCUACUUCAUCAAAAAUGUUUUAGAAUUUGCUUCUGAGAUUUUCCAAAAGACGGUCACAGAAUAUGAUCUCUUAAGCCAUACGUCAAUUUGGUUGUUACGAACUGACUUUGUGUUUGACUAUCCCAAACCGGUGAUGCCUAACGUGAUCUUCAUCGGCGGUAUCAACUGCCAUCAGGGAAAGCCACUGACAAAGGUGAGUUACCUUUCCUGUAGCAUAUUCAGAAUAAUCUGGCGAUGGACCUAA